AUGUCGCGCCACCACCCCGACCUCGUCAUGUGCCGCAAAGCGCCCGGCAUCAGCAUCGGCCGGCUCUGCGACAAAUGCGACGGCAAAUGCCCCGUGUGCGACUCGUACGUGCGGCCCACGACGCUCGUGCGCGUCUGCGACGAGUGCUCCUUUGGCAACUACCAGAACAAGUGCAUCGUGUGCGGCGGCGAGGGCAUCUCCGACGCCUUCUACUGCUUCGAGUGCACGCGCCUCGAGAAGGAUCGCGACGGGUGUCCCAAGAUCAUUAAUCUGGGAAGUAGUCGCACGGAUCUGUUUUACCAGAAGAAGAAUUUUCGGAAUCAGCAGUAUUGA